GCGGCGGGACAGACCGGCGGCGGGAAGAGGCCAAGACGCCGACAGGGACGGUGGUCGCAGACGAAUCGGAACGUGGUCUGCACUCGGAGAUCGGCGGGAGACAAUUGGAGCGCCGGAAAGAGGCAGGGAGAUCGCUGCCGGGUGAUGUUGGAGACUCGGGCCUGCCGACCAUCGUCUGCGCGGCGUGUCGAGAGGCUGUUCCGAUGGACUCGCUGGAGAGCCACUCGGCGACGUGUGUCCCGCAAAGGAGGCGCGGGUCGCGGAAGAGCUCGAUGAGCUCGCGACCCAGGGCGACAAGCUCGGGCGGUGAGAGGAGCGGAAGCGAGAGCAGGAGCGAGAGCGAGGCGGCUGCGGAUGGCGACGGCGCGAUCGAGUCGAGCAGCGAUGGGUGCUGCGGCGACGCAGCCGAUUGGCGAGCCACGGUGUCCGAGGCCACUGUGGCCGAGGUAGACGACGCGGCGUUGGCGCUUGUGGAGGCACUGGUGAGCGCAGUGUCCGAGUGGGCAACCGACGGCGCGGUGGCGCCGGAUCCUGUGCUGGAGGCGCUGGAGGCGUUUGCGGCGGCGCUGCCGGCGGCCUCUGCGGCGCAGGCUGCUGCCCAUCCGCUUGUGUGCAUUGUGUCACUGCUGACCGACGCGCUGGCGACGUGUGCGGGAAAAAGAGCAUCGAACGCGGCUUACCUCGCGCAGGGCAUUGUCGAUCUCUGCGCUCUGAGUGUCCAAGCGCUUCGGGCGGCAGUCCUGCGGCAGUCGGCGGAGCUCACUGCCCGGCAGGAGAAGCUGAUGGAGACGCUCGCCGAGUUUGUGCCGCUUGUGCCAUCGGUCACCUACGCUGAGGUCUCGCGGGCGCUUGAUGAUGACCCCGAGUAUCUGCAGGCCACCUUUGCGGCACUCCUUGUCACGUCACCGGCAACACUGGUGUCGGCCGAGGAUGAGGCUGAGCCGUCACCGGUGCCGCUGCCCGAGCUCGCGGCAUCGCUCUCGCUGGAUGAGGCCAGCAGUGACAGCGAGGAGCCGUGCGAUGGUUCAAGCGACAAGGCGUUGAGUGUCGAGUCGGCCGCCGAGGCGGGAGACGAGCUGGAUGCGGCGUCGCUCUCGGCCGAAAGUCGCGGUGAAGAGUCGCUGUCAGAAAGCGGCGGCGACAAGCCGAAUGCACCGUCGCUCUCGGCCGAGAGCAGCGACGAGAAGUCAUUGUCGGAGCGCAGUGAUGGCGCUACGGCGCCGGCGGUUGUGGUUGCGGCGCCGACCACCACAGUAGGUAGUGGCGGUGAUGCUGCUGUGCUGCUCCCUGCCCUGCACGACUCGGACGAUGAGUUCUUUUCGUGUGCGACGGUGGCGCCUGGUGUGGGCGGGUACCUCGCGAGCGCGCCCGAUGGUGGGUUUGGCAUGGCUGUGGUCGCAACGCGCGCGCCGUCGCUAGAGUGGGAGCUCGAUGCGUUUGACGCUGCGCCGACGCCAACGCCGGAUCAUCCGUAGUGCGUCUGGAGUGUCUGUCUGUGUUUACCAACGCAUGUGCGCUCGAUCAGUUCUUGACGUUGCGGGCAGCAACGUAGUGGUAGAAGAUGAUGAGGCCAAAGAUAGAGAUGCCGAGAAAGUUGGCAAAGUAGCCGAGCUGGGUAUCGGUGAUCAUAGCAGCUGUAAACCGUCGCCAGCAGUCA